CUCCCCCUUCCCAUCCCAACCCAAUACCCCCUCUACCCCCCCAUCCUAACAAUCGACCUCCUCCUCACCGUCCUCCGCAAAACCCUCCUGCACCCAUUCCCCGCCUGGCUAACCGUCAUCUGCCUCCGCGCGCAAGCAACGCCCUACACGGCGACCCCCUUCCUCAUCACGAGCGUCUACGCCUCCCUCCUCACAAUCCUGUACCUCCUCAGCGCCAUAAACCGAUGGAUCGGGUACGGCGCGCCCCGCACCGUCGAUCUGAGUGACGAGGUGGUGGUCGUGACCGGCGGCGCGAGCGGGCUGGGCUUGCUCAUCGCGAGGAUUUAUGGGCUUAGGGGCGUGAGUGUGGCGGUUUUGGAUGUCAGGGGGGAGGAGGAUGUGAGGGCGGGGGAGGGGUGGAGGUGUGCGGGGGAUGAGGAUGGGGCUGGAGGGGUGUUGGGUAGGGUGGAGAGGGAGUUGGGUACACCGACGGUGUUGAUUCAUUGUGCGGCGGCGCGGAUUAACGGACUACCACUACAAAAUCUCCCCGUCCAGGCCUUCCAGAAAACCAUCCAGACGAAUCUGCUCGCCGCAUUCCAUGCCUAUCAGGUGUUUUUGCCGUGCAUGCUGGCCGCCCCGAACGGCGGCACGAUCGUCACGGUCGGGUCGGUGCUGGGCCAGCUGUGUGCGGCCGGCCUGGCGGACUAUUCGGCGAGUAAGGCCGGUUUGAGCGCCCUGCAUCGCACGCUGGAGGCGGAACUGCGCGCCUCCGGAGAUGGUCACAAGGUCAAGAUGAUCCUGGUGGAGCCAGGCCAGAUCGCAACGCCGCUGUUCCAGUCCGUCAGAACCCCCAACCGUUUCUUCGCCCCGGUCCUCGAGCCCGUCCACGUUGCCCAGGAGAUUGUCUCGGCCGUCGACGCCGGGAGAGGCGGCGUGAUCCGGUUGCCCACCUUUGCCAUGCUGGUCAACUGGUAUGCGGUGUUGCCCGCGGGGGUGCAGCGGGUUGCGCGAUACCUAAGCGGAAUCGACGGUGCCGUCGCAGGCUCGUCGAACUAG